UCGUUGAUUGGACAGUAUAGCUUCAUUAUAGGUUGUGCAAACAAUAUUAUUUUUCAUGAGGAAAACGUAGCGUAAGGUCCUCUUUACAGUGCCGUUAAAAUGUUCGAGUUUACAGCAAUAUUGGCUGUUUUAUGUAGCGCUGCAGUCGUCGCUCAGGACUGCAAACCAGUACAUUUUGGAUAUGACAGCAUAGUUUGCGAAUGUAACUCAACGUAUUGUGACAGCUAUCCUGAUCCUAUAUCACCAGGUAAAGGUGCAUUCAUAUGGUAUGCUACGAGCCGAAAUGGACAGAGAUUAAAGCGGACCGACGGAAAAAUUCAGAGUAAACCAAACGGUGGAUACACGGUCCGUAUUGAUUCCGAUAAGCUAUAUCAAAGUAUAGAAGGAUUCGACGGUGCUUUCACUGAUUCGGCUGGUAUCAAUAUCAAAAGCCUCAGUUCAAAAACUCAGGAAAAUUUAAUGAAUUCGUACUUUAGCACAAACGGAAGUAACUACAUUUUUGGUCGCGUACCUAUUGGCGGUAUCGAUUUCUCUACGAGGGGCUAUACGUAUGCGUCUUCUCCUGGUGAUAAGAAGUUAAGAGAUUUUUCACUUGCCAAAGAAGAUACCGAGUAUAAGAUUCCUCUGAUGAAAAAAGCCUUGAAAAUUAAUCCAUCCCUUCGCUUUUCCCCAUCUUGGACUCCACCAAUAUGGAUGAAGAACGUACAAUCACUAUAUUUACCUUGGUAUAUGAUUGAGGUAAAAGAUAAAUACAGCAAAGCUUUAAAAUACGUUAAGGGCAUUGCCGUGCAUUGGUAUAAAGAUGAUGUUGUUCCUGCUGGUGUGCUUGAUAUAACUCACGAUCUUUUCCCAGAUAAGUUUAUUUUGAUGACAGAAGCUUGUAUAGUAUUUUUUGUAGACGAUCGCUCAGAUCAACAACCCAAGGUGAUUUUAGGCUCGUGGAAACGAACGGAAAUGUUAGUCAAUAGGAUCUUUGAGAACAUAAACCAUCAUGUAGUCGGUUGGGUCGAUUGGAAUCUGGUCCUUGAUCUUCAAGGAGGACUAACUUGGAUAGGCAACUACGUUGAUUCUGCAAUAAUUGUCGAUGCUAAAAAAGACGUAUUCUACAAGCAGCCAAUGUUUUAUGUAAUAAGUCAUUUUAGUAAAUUUGUGCCUCGCAAUUCCGUCAGGAUACACAGUAACAGCCAAGAUACGGAUGUUGUAACAACUGCAUUCAAGACCAAAGAUAACCGGAUUAUUGUUCUUUUGUUUAAUAAGUGAGUUUUUUCACAUUAUUGGAUCAUCAGCUAGAAAACUAGAAACAAAUAAUCAAUAUAAUUUUUGGAUGAUAAAUUUGGCAAUAUAAAUGUGGAAUUGCCGGAGCACUCUGUACAUACUAUUUUA